AUGGAAGAACGUGACUGGAUGUACACUGGUUGGUCUCAUACACAGCCCCUCUCAAAUGAUUGGAUAGAUAACACCAACCAGUUUUUGGAUCGUGCCUUCUCUAUGCCUAAUCUAGUUGAAGAUGGCACCAUUAAGUGUCCUUGCAUGAGAGUGUUCAAGGUAUCUCGAGCUGAUGUGAGAAAAGCUGAUCACAAUUUGGAUGCGUAUCUAAUGAAAAGAGUUUCUGAUUUGAUAUAUCAAACUCGUUUGGAUGCUGUUAAGUUUCAUGCAAAAUGCAAUGAUAAUGAAGCACGCGACAUACAUCUUACAGAAGAAGAAUACAUAAAUAGUAAGCUAGAGUGGUGUGCUCAAGAUGCUUGGUGCUUUCUGUCAAAGUAUUGGGCAAGUGAGAGGUACAUGGAAAAGAGGAAGGUAGCUCAAGCUUCACGCCUAAAGUCUGAAGAUGCUGCUCAGAACCGAGGAGGUUCGAGGCCAUUUGGUGAGACACAACAGCUACUGGAAUAUAAAUUUGGCCCUGGCAAGGCUAGCACUGUGAACACAUAUGCUGUGAUGAAGUCUGGAUUUAAAAAAGUGGACAGCACUGGAAAAAGCGCUCCCAUUCCUAGUCGGAGAGCAGAAAAGCGUUUGGCUAACUACAUUACAAGAACAAAGCUACCUGAGAAUUCAAAAGAUUUGGAUGCAAACGCAUUGUAUGUCAUGGAUCAUGGAAUGGCCCAUGGUAGGGUGCCAAUAGCUGAUGGUUGUGUCGAUAGACAAGCACUUGCAGCAACAGCUAAAUCCCAUCGUUCUUCAGCAAGAACUGCUGCCUAUCAAUCCAUGGUACAUGAAUAUGAGCAGUUGAAGGAGAGGAAUGAUGCCUUGGAACAAACAAAUAAGAAAUUGAAUGGGAAUAAUGAGAUUCUCAUUGAGGAAAAUGGUGUUAAUCGUCAGCUUAUGCUGACAAUUUUUGAAGAUCUGAACAAGCAACCUCCUGCUGAUCUAAUGAACCGUCUAGCAAAUCUUGAUGCCCAUUGUCAUCAGGUCUCUGAAUCAUCACAUGCUGCCACUCACUCACUUGAAAUGCUUAGCAAUGACAAUGACAUAGUCACUGAUGAUGAUGAUGAAGAUUACAAUGAGAUGGAUGACAAUGAAUAG